CGGGGCGGCGGCGCGGCUGGAAGGGCCGGGGCGGUUCUAGAAGCGCGGCGAGCGGGGCGCGCGCGGCUGGUUUUAUAGGUACACUGUGAGGGUGAAGCUGAGCUGAAAGGCCACCGCAACAGUCUGCCAGCUUUCUGGCAGUAAGGACCUAGGAAAUAAACCCACAGGUUUGAGCUGUUGGAAAGAUGAUGAAACCCUGGCUGCAGUUGGUGUUCUUCACCUGUACCUUCUUGAUCUGGCAUGCAGGAGCAGAGUUCUUCACCUCCAUAGGCCAGAUGACAGACCUGAUUUAUGCAGAGAAAGACUUGGUACAGUCUUUAAAGGAAUAUAUCCGAGCAGAAGAGAACAAGCUCUCUCAGAUUAAAAGCUGGGCUGAGAAGAUGGAUGUCCUGACUAGCAAGUCAACCUCUGAUCCUGAAGGGUAUCUGGCACAUCCUGUAAAUGCAUAUAAGCUGGUGAAGCGUUUAAAUACUGACUGGCUGGAGUUGGAAAACCUAGUUCUUCAGGAUACAACAAAUGGCUUUAUUGCAAAUCUUACAAUUCAGCGCCAGUUUUUUCCAACUGAAGAGGAUGAGACUGGAGCUGCAAAGGCUCUGAUGCGCCUGCAGGACACAUACAAACUGGAUCCUGAGACUCUCUCUCGAGGAAACCUACCAGGAACAAAAUACAGAUCUACUUUGACAGUAGGUGACUGCUUUGGUAUGGGGAAGACUGCUUACAAUGAUGGAGACUAUUAUCACACAGUGCUCUGGAUGGAACAAGCAUUAAAACAACAUGAUGAGGGGGAGGAUACAACAGUCAGCAAAGUGGAGAUCCUAGAUUAUCUCAGCUAUGCUGUGUUCCAGUUUGGGGAUUUACACAGAGCCAUGGAGCUUACCAGACGUCUGAUAUCCCUUGACAGUACUCACGAGAGAGCAGGCAGUAAUCUGCGGUACUUUGAGAAGCUGCUGGAGAAGGAGAGAGAGGAGGAGAAAGACAAGUCAGUAAAUGAGACCAUGACGACAGAACCUGUGGUGCAAAGUGGUGCCUAUGAGAGGCCUCUUGACUACUUGCCAGAGCGUGAUAUCUAUGAGGCCCUUUGCAGAGGUGAAGGGGUAAAAAUGACGCCUCGAAGACAGAAAAGGCUGUUCUGUAGGUACCAUGAUGGAAACAGAAACCCUAACCUGCUCAUAGCUCCCUUCAAGGAGGAAGAUGAAUGGGAUAGCCCUCAUAUUGUACGAUACUAUGAUGUCAUGUCUGAUGAAGAAAUUGAGAAAAUUAAACAACUAGCUAAGCCAAAGCUGGCACGAGCCACAGUACGUGAUCCCAAAACCGGUGUCCUUACAGUGGCUAGCUACAGGGUAUCAAAAAGCUCAUGGUUGGAGGAAGAUGAUGAUCCUGUUGUAGCCAAGGUGAAUCAACGAAUGCAGCAAAUCACAGGGUUAACAGUGAAAACAGCUGAACUAUUGCAGGUUGCUAACUAUGGAAUGGGAGGGCAGUAUGAGCCACACUUUGAUUUCUCUAGGCGACCCUUUGACAGCACACUCAAAUCGGAAGGAAAUAGGCUAGCGACGUUUCUUAACUAUAAAGAUGAGCCAGAUGCUUUCAAGCGGUUAGGGACUGGAAAUCGUGUGGCCACUUUUUUAAACUAUAUGAGUGACGUAGAAGCUGGAGGAGCUACAGUUUUCCCAGAUUUCGGGGCAGCAAUAUGGCCCAAGAAGGGAACAGCAGUGUUUUGGUACAAUCUUUUCAGAAGUGGUGAAGGUGAUUAUAGAACAAGGCAUGCAGCUUGUCCAGUGCUAGUAGGGUGUAAAUGGGUUUCAAACAAAUGGUUUCAUGAAAGAGGAAAUGAAUUCUUAAGACCUUGUGGGAGAACAGAGGUUGACUGAAAACCCACCCUGCUGCAGGCCUUGGUUUCUCUGUCUCCUUUUCUACUGUUUGUUCUUCCAGUUCAUUUCUAAGAAAUGAUUCAUCUUUUUCUCCAAGAGUCCUCGCACUUUACCCAAAAAGGACAACAAAAUGUGUAACACCUCUGGAAGAAAGUAAAUGGUAUUGCACACAUCCCUGUGUUUUGGUUGCUGUUACUUCCAUAUUUUUCCUACCAUCCUCCUCUCACCUGCCUUCUGCCUCAAAAAUUUCUCUUAGUGGUGCAAACAGUGCUGUGGGCGAUUUGGUAUGUUUGGGUGCCUGGUCAUGUGCCUUUUGUACCUCAGAAGAUUUGGAUGUUAAAUAUUUCUUUGAACCAAAGUUUGUUUGUUUUAAAGUUUUGUGUACAUGUUGAUUUUAUUGUAUUUCUAUGAAUCACAAAUUUUGAAACAAAAAAUAAAUGUUCUUUCCAAAAA